AUGUCAACCAGAAAGCAUGUUAAUUUUACUGUUGCACAAAAAAGAGAUCUUUGUGAACAAAAACAAAAAAACCUACUUAUUAAUGAACUAGAUGUAUUGAUUACUGAUCAAGAAGACUAUAUAUUGGAAGAUGAACUCGAAACACUAAUUGCUAACUUAUUAAUAGAUAGUUCUUUUAGUACUAAUGAGUAUAUUUGUAUUGAAAACAAUAAGAUUAAAGGUGGAUUAAUAAAUGAAGAAAUUUUAAAGCCAAUAACUGAUAAAGAUAAAAAAGAAAAUGAACCUAUAAAUAAUAAGAUUGUAGAGUUAGAAAAAAUUAAUAAUACAGAAACAGAAAAGACUGUAAAUAUGGUAUUGAGAUUUUUAUUUGAACAAGAAGUAGAUUUUGAUAAAGUUGAAAAUAAAGUAAAAGUUUUAAAAAGUUUGCAUAGAAGGAUUAGAUUAAGUUUUAUUAAGAAUUUUAAACAG